AUGGAUUUGCUCAUCUGGAAUUAUAUGGGUGCUGGAAAUAAGAAAUUUAAAAGGAAUUUGUGUGAGUUAGUACAGAUUCAUAAACCAGAUCUACUGGUUCUUAUGGAAACUAAAGUUGAAUUAGCUUCAAUGGGGAUGUUCUUUAACCAAAUGGGAUUCAUAACUUCAGCACAUGUUGACCCUAUAGGCCGAAGUGGUGGUAUAUUGAUGCUCUGGAACCUAAACUCUAUUUUUGUACGGGUCACUAAGGCCAGUUCGCAACUCAUAACAACUAAAAUUGUUACACAAGAGUACCCUGAAUGGCUUCUUUCAGCUGUCUAUGCCAGUCCGGUAAGCAGCAAGAGAAAGGAACUGUGGGAAAGAUUGGAGAGCAUUGCUCAGAGCACCUCUGAACCGUGGAUGGUAGCUGGUGACUUCAAUGAUUUUGCUAGUCAAGAGGAAAAGCGAAGCCUGGCAGGCAACCCUCAUAGUAGUCAAGAUCGUAGAAGAACUAAAACUUUUGCUGAUAGGAUGAAUCGAUGCAGUAUUAUGGACCUGGGAUGUUCUGGACCGAAGUUGACUUGGACUAACAACCGAAAAGGCUGGACCAACACAAUGGUAAGGCUAGACCGAGCUAUGUGUAACAGUGAAUGGCAAACUAGCUUUCCUGAGGGACUGGUUCGUAAUCUCCCACGUACCUACUCGAACCAUUCCCCACUGAUGGUUUUUACCUUAGGUAAGUUCCUUUUUAAUCCUUCUUGUAAGCUUUUUAAGUUUGGGGCUGCGUGGAUCUCUCAUGAAGAGUUUCAAGCAGUGGUGGAGGAUAAUUGGAUGAAAAAUCAUGACUCUUUAUUGGCCAAUCUUGAUAAUCUAGCUCACAAGGCUAGUUUGUGGAAUAAAGAGGUUUUUGGCAAUAUCUUUCGCAGGAAAAGAUGGCUGCUUGGGAGAAUUAAAGACAUUCAAAAAUCCCAAGCAACCAUCUAUUCCCAUAACCUCCAUGUGUUGGAAAUGGAUCUUGUUGAUCAGUAUAAUAGAGUCCUCUACCAAGAGGAACUUUUCUGGUUUCAGAAGUCUAGAUCCAAGUGGAUCACUCAAGAUGAUAGAAACACCAAAUUCUUUCACCUCCUCCCCUUAACUGAAAGGAGGAAAAAAAAGAUUGAUAUGUUAAGAGGGGAGGAUGGUGUUUGGGUUGAAAGAUUUGCUGAUUUGAAACUGAUGGUGGCUAAUUACUUUAUUAACCUAUUCUCUCUGCGAUCUAACCACACUUUGAGUCACUGGAACAACUUGGCCAGUCACAUCCUUAGUAAUGAAGAUUACAGUGAGCUUAUGAUCAAUGUGACUGAUGAGGAGGUUUGGAAGGCCGUUAAGAAUAUCAAGGCUUUCAAAGCCCCAGGUCGAGAUGGCUUUCAGGCCAUUUUUUAUCAUACUUAUUGGAAGGAAAUUAUUCAUACUCUAAACUCUAAGAAAGGGAAAGGGAAAGUGGAAGGUAUGAUUCUCAAAAUUGAUUUGAAAAAGGCUUAUGAUAACAUCUCUAGGGCCUUCUUUGAACAAACUCUCAAUGAAUUUGGGUUUGAUAAGAAUCUUAUUGACAUGAUUAUGUGUUGCGUGACCACUGUGAGCACUGCUAUCCUUUGGAAUAGGGAGCCUUUGGAGGAAUUGAAACCUGAAAAGGGGCUAAGGCAGGGAGAUCCUCUAUCUCCCUACCUGUUUGUUUUGUGCAUGGAAAGACUUUCCAACAUGAUCAGUAUGAAAGCUGCAAAAAAUAAAUGGAAAGGCAUCCAAACCUCUAGAGGGGGUCCAUGCCUAACCCAUCUAUUUUUUGCAGAUGAUUUAAUGUUGUUUCGAAAAGCUGAUAUGAGAACUUGUAAUACCAUUAAGAUCAUUUUGGAAGAAUUUUGUGAUAUUUCUGGACUUAAGAUCAAUGCCCCAAAAUCUAAGGUGUUUGUGUCCUCCAAUGUUGAUAGGAGGAUGGAUAGGGACUUGAGUGCUAAGUGUGGUAUCCCCCUAACUUCUGACUUAAGGAAACUUUCUUUAUUGUUCCCUCCUAAUAUUACCUCCAUCAUUUUGAAUACUUCACCUCCUUCUAAAAAUAACCCUGAUAGUCCCAAUUGGAAAGGUACUCAGUGUGAUGAAUUUCUUGUGGCCUCAGCCUAUGAGUUAAUCAUAGGAAAGCUACUUACAAACCAUCUAAGAAUGAAAAAGGGUCUCACCCAACUUGCUCUAGCUGUUAUGGGAAUUCAGUCAUAUUUGAUGAUGUUUCACCUCUUCCUCAAGAGAGCACCAAAUUUAUUUUUGAUUACUCUAAAGGUUCUUCCACCUGCAAGGAAAAUUAAGCUAAACAUUGAUGGUAGCAGAAUUGUGGGAGUUGGAGGAGGCUUUGGAAGAGUCUUUAGAGAUAAAAAGCUGAAUAUUGAUAGUAGCAAAACUGUGGGAGUUGGAGGAGGCUUUGGAAGAGUCUUUAGAGAUAAAAGAGGCAACUGGAUAUGUGGAUAUUAUGGCAAGAUGGAUAGUGGCACAAGCCUGGAGACAGAGUUGUGGGCUCUUUACAAAGGCUUGACAGUGUUGUUGCAACAAGGAAUGCAUGGAGUGAUCAUUGAAUUUGAUGCUCAGCAAGUGGUGCAACUGAUAGGAGAAGAUACACCCGACAAAUUCCCAUUCAAAGGAUUGUUGGAGGAUGCCAAGAUCAUCUUCAAGGGAUGUGAAUGCACCAUCCAACAUGUGUUCAAGGAAGGGAACUUGUGUGCAGAUGCUUUAGCUAAGCUGGGAGUUGCCCAACCUGAAGAGAUGUUGGUGGUUAAGGAACCACCAUUUGAAAUUAGGAGCUACUUGGUAGUUGAUAUAGUUGGGCUCUCUAGUGAAAGAGCCUAG